CUGCGCCAAAAAACCCCCAGAGCCUUUGUGUACGGGGCAGGGAGAAGAGUAAAGCACAGAAGUCAGAGCCCAGGGCUGUGUAGCCCUCUGGCGCUAUGCAGUACCUACCUUGCCUGUUGCUGUGGGCAUUCCUACAGGUCUGGGGACAAUCUGAAGUCCAGCAAAAGAAUUACACCUUCCGCUGCCUGCAGAUGUCUUCCUUUGCAAACAGAAGCUGGUCCCGCACAGACAGCGUGGUCUGGCUGGGGGAUCUGCAGACUCACCGUUGGAGUAAUGACUCAGCCACCAUCAGCUUCACGAAGCCAUGGUCCCAGGAGAAGCCAGUGGCCUGGUUGUCCAGUGUCCCCAGCUCUGCACAUGGCCAUCUGCAGCUGGUGUGUCAUGUCUCUGGCUUCUACCCAAAACCUGUGUGGGUGAUGUGGAUGCGGGGUGACCAGGAGCAACAGGGUACUCACAGAGGUGAUUUCCUGCCAAAUGCUGAUGAGACAUGGUAUCUUCAAGCAACCCUGGAUGUGGAGGCUGGAGAGGAAGCUGGCCUGGCCUGCAGGGUGAAGCACAGCAGCCUAGGAGGGCAGGAUAUCAUCCUCUACUGGGAUGCCAGGCAAGCACCCGUGGGCUUGAUCGUCUUCAUAGUACUAAUCAUGCUAGUGGUGGUGGGUGCUGUAGUCUACUGUAUCUGGAGAAGGAGAAGCUCCUAUCAAGACAUCCCGUGACUCUUCCUUACACCUGCCUCUCCUGAAAUUCAGACUUUCCAGGUUUUAGGACUUCAGUCCUGGUCUGCUCAUGAUCUGGGGAUGAAAGAGAGGAAUCCUGAAGAAGUGAAGAGCAACCAGUAUGCUCUUUUUAAAUUUAGGAGUAUUACUUCCUAAUUAAAUUAAGAUUAAUUCAAAUUACAUGUAUAUGCAGAGUGAGGGGUGGUGGUGGUGUCUGUGCUCUUGAAUACUAGUGAUCUUAAAAGUAGGAGAGCCUGUGGUUCCCCUGCAGCUGGAGUUAUAGCCCAAGCAGCCUGAUAUGCACUAUAGGAACCAACUCCAGUGCUCUGCAAGGCCAGUGUGUGGUCUAAGCCACUGAAUCAUCUCUCCAGACCCUCUUAAGAAAAGUAUCUACUACAGUGAAAAAAAAUAAAAACUAUAAGUAUAAGAUUUUAUUGUUUUAUUAAAUCUUGGAUUCUGAGGCUGGAAAGCAACUAUUUUGGACAAAAUUCCUAAAAUAAUAUCUCAUUUACUUUGUGGUUACUUGUCUUUUAAGAAUAAAAUAAAGAGUGAACUUGUUUUGGGGAACAUUAAAAACAGAAAAAUUAACACAACAUAUUGGUGACACAUUAUGUGCCAUGAUGAAAUCUCAAUAGCCACUUUGCUUCCCUACUAUAUAGUUUUUUGGAUGGGCAGUUAAAGAAUUUCAUGAGGUCCUCUAUUUGGGUUUAAUUUAAAAGAAAAGGAAAAGAACAUUAACUUCCAAUACAGUAAUGGAGUGGACUGGUAUUACCUUGAGAUUUGUAAAGAAGAUGGUUUGUCCAUAAAUGAAGUAAAGACUAAAAGCUUAACUAACAUAUCUAUUUAGAGCUAAAACUAUAGAAAAUGUUCAUAUACUUUUCAGAUAAUUUUUGAAAACUACCAAUAGGUAGCAAUUUGAGGAUAUAGUUUUUUAAGAUGGUGACUCGUGAAUAAAUUAUGGGCGAUGUCAGUACUGGUGAGGAUGUGGAGAAAGAGGAACACUCUUUCAUUGCUUGUGGGAUUGCAAACUGGUACAA